UUCCGUAACAACACAUUUGAUUUGUGUUUGCUUGAAAAUUUCAGUAAAUGGAACCCCCGUUCUAUCCAAAGUUUCCAAACCCAUCACUGCCACAAUGUCCGACAAGUAGCCUCCUUUACCAGAUCUUCCUAAUCUUCUUCUUCAUUUUCUGUUUCCAUCCCAAUAAAAACCUAAUUCUUAACCAUCGAAUAAAUCCAAACCAGCGUAGAGAAGAAGACCAAGCACGGCAUAAGCCAUGGCCGUCGAAGAAUCAAGUAGGAAUCAGUUCGAGGGAUCUCGGGGCGAGCUCUGUCGAGUUAUUGGAAUGGAGCACCAAGCUCAAAUAAAAUGAACUUAGAUAUAGAAGAUCAACACUUGGGGUUUAAUGGUAAGUUUGUUUCUCAAUGAAAUACGUUCUCAUUGCCAGCUAAUCAUUUUUCAAUGACUUUGUUCCAGAUUUGGCUUUGGCCCUCUUAAAAAAUUAUUUAUGUCAUCGUCUAUUAUUUUCCUGCAACCAUCAUCAACAUUGAAAUCAGAGGUUAGUAGUGCAUUUUAUAUUUUUAUGUGGGAAAAUUGUGUGAACCGAAAGUAAAAUAAACAGGAAGCUCUUUGAUCCAUAAUUUUAAUUUUUUAUUUUUUAUUUUUUAUUUUUUUAUUUUUUUUAUGUUAUUCUUCUGUAAAAACAUAAUUGAUUCGUUUUGUUUCAGGAUUUGUGUUAACUUGUUAUUUCUUUCUGGUAUUCACCAUUUCAACUUAUACUAGUUGAAUAGUAGGGGAUUUGUAUUGUAGCCUAGUGUAAAAGAAAAAACUUGAAUUGAACAUAUGAAGGACUUCUUCUCGGUAAAUGACCACACUGAGAACUCGUCUGAACACAACUAUAUCUAAAACUUAAACUUCAUCUCAGAUGCUUUAGUAGAGAGAUGAGUUCCAUAGGGUUGAAUCACAAUCAAACCAGGUUGAAGUUGGCUUAUCCACAAGCCUACCAAACCUAAUAAAAGCUGUUGAAAUAGAUAGUCUGAUAACUUGGACAAAUGCAAGAUUACGUGAUUGCAACCUGUGGUGGAUCCCAGGGUAACAAAGUCAACUUGAUCCUUUCCCCCAUAUUUUGAUAUGCUUCAAUAGAUUAUAGUAGCUUGACAACCUCUCCAACUAACGUGCUAUACAAUUUCAAAGUUGGUGGGCCAAUCUCUUUUAUUGUUUCUAAAGAACCAUAUUGUCAAUUUGUCAUCUUAAUCAACGUUAUAAAUAUUUUCUUCUCAGAGCAAAAUUAUAUUAAUUUUCAUAUUGUAUAUAGUCCUCCCAUCAGCACCAUAUCGCAAAAGGGAUGGAGCAUUCUUUUCUGUGUUUUGGGAUUCUUCUUUUGUGCAUGAUCUCAGGUCUGGAAUCUGCAGUAGCAUCCACUUCUGGAAAUCAGAAGGAUCAAUUGGCUUUACUUGAUUUCAAGAAUCAGAUAAGUCAUGACCCACUUCAAAUAAUGAGCUCAUGGAAUGAUUCUCUCCAUUUCUGCAAUUGGUUUGGUGUUACUUGCAGCUCCACCAGUGGCAGGGUCAUGAUUCUGAACUUAGAAUCACUAAGUUUAAUUGGCUCAAUACCACCUUCUAUCGGCAACCUCACAUUCCUUACUGGGAUCAACCUACAAAACAACAGCUUCCAUGGCGAACUUCCUCAAGAUUUAGGCCGUUUACUACUCCUGCAGCAUCUCAAUUUGAGCUCAAAUUCCUUCAGCGGAAAGAUCCCAAGAAAUCUUACUCAUUGUACUGACUUAAGAGUCCUCGAUGUGAAUUUCAAUGAGCUUGAUGGGUCAAUCCCCGAUCAGCUUAGUUCACUGUCAAAAUUGUUAAUUGUACAUCUGGCUGUAAAUAACCUGACAGGAACUAUCCCAGCUUGGAUAGGAAACUUUUCAUCACUAUUGGCUCUCUCACUCGCCAGGAACAAUCUGUAUGGUCGCAUACCCCCUGAGCUUGGCCGCCUGUCGCGCUUGGGAUUUUUUCAACUUUAUGGAAAUCAACUGUCUGGUAAUAUUCCUUUGUCAAUUUACAAUAUUUCCUCCAUUUUCUACUUCUCUGUUACUCUGAACCAGUUAAAUGGGCAACUCCCACCAGAUGUUGGUAUUACCCUUCCUAAUCUCGAAGUAUUUGCUGGAGGUGUUAACAAUUUCACAGGAGUUAUUCCUGUUUCAUUGCCAAAUGCUUCUAGGCUUCAAGUGAUUGACUUUGCUCAAAAUAGUCUCACUGGGACUGUGCCAACAAAUUUGGAAAGCUUGCAAAAUUUAUAUAGAAUUAAUUUUGAUGAUAAUAAACUUGGAAAUAGAGAAGUUGGUGACUUGAUUUUUUUUACUUUCUUGGCUAACUGCACUAGUCUGGAAGUACUCGGUUUGGCUAGAAAUCUUUUUGGAGGAGAACUGCCCAACUCCAUAGCCAACCUUUCAACCAGCCUCAAAAUACUUACUCUGGGUGAAAACUUGAUUUAUGGAACUGUUCCUUUGGGAAUUGGAAACCUCAUCAAUUUGACCCUUCUUGGGCUAGAAGGGAACCACUUCACUGGUCGAAUCCCUAGUGCUAUGGGGAAGCUUCAAAAAUUAGAGGGACUGUAUUUGAAUGUUAACAAAUUUUCGGGACCUAUUCCAUCUUCCCUUGGCAAUUUGACAUCAUUAACCAGGCUCUUUAUGGAGGAGAAUAGACUAGAGGGCAGUAUACUCCCAAGCCUCGGAAAUUGCAAGAAUUUGCUUGUACUGAACCUUACUAGUAAUAAUCUUAGUGGCACCAUACCCAAAGAGGUCAUUGGUCUCUCUUCUCUUUCUAUUUCUUUGUCAAUGGGUCAUAAUUCUUUGACUGGUUCAUUACCAUUUGAAGUGGGUAACUUGAUAAAUCUCAUGGAACUUGAUGUGUCAGAUAACAGAUUGUCUGGUGAAAUUCCAAGCACCCUCAGCAGUUGCCUUAGUUUGGAGUACCUGCUUAUUGAGGGGAAUUCAUUUCAAGGAACACUUCCUGAAUCUUUGAAAGCAUUAAGAGGCUUAGAAGAGAUUGAUUUUUCGCGUAAUAACUUGUCUGGUCAGAUCCCAGAAUUCCUUGGAAAGUUUUCAUCUCUAAAGAAACUCAAUCUUUCCUUCAAUAAUUUGGAGGGGGCAGUGUCAAUGGAAGGAAUUUUUGCAAAUGCUACUGCAAUUUCUAUCCUUGGAAAUGACAAGCUAUGUGGUGGUGUCCCAGACUUGCAUUUACCUGCUUGCUCUCAAGACAAAUCUCAUUCAAGAAAAUUUCUAGCUCCAAAAGUGAUCAUCCCCGUGAUAAUUAUUGCAACAAUAUUCGUAAUAAUACUAUUUUGUUCGUUUGCUGCUUGUUAUGUGAUGAGAAACUCAAGAAAGCGACCUUCAACUGAAUCCUCCACUGAGGAUUGGCAAAUGGGGGCUUCUUACCAAGAACUUUUUAACUCAACUAAUGGGUUCUCCUUGGACAAUUUGAUCGGCUCAGGUAGCUUUGGCUCUGUUUAUAAAGGAGCUAUCAGUGAUAACGGUGCAAUUGUAGCAGUGAAAGUGUUAAACCUUCAACAAGAAGGAGCAUCCCGGAGCUUCAUGGAUGAAUUCAAGGCCUUGAGAAGUAUACGGCACAGAAAUCUCCUCAAGAUCAUAACUGCAUGUUCUAGUGUUGAUCAUCAAGGUAAUGACUUCAAAGGUCUUGUAUUUGAGUUCAUGUCUAAUGGAAGCCUUGACCAGUGGCUGCAUCCAAUUGAUGGGCAAUUUAAAAUUAAGAGUAUGAACAUUAUCCUGAGACUGAACAUAGCCAUUGAUGUUGCUUCUGCAUUGGAUCAUCUCCAUCACUAUUGUGAAACACCAAUUGUUCACUGUGAUCUAAAACCAAGCAAUGUUCUCCUCAAUGAUGACAUGACAGCCCAUGUCGCUGACUUCGGAUUAGCAAAGUUCCUUUUUCACUCAUCAAAAAAUCCCAACAAAAAUCAAGCCAUAUCAGCUGGGCUAAAGGGUUCUAUCGGUUAUAUUCCUCCAGAGUAUGGUAUGGGUGAUCAAGUGUCCACCCUUGGAGAUGUUUAUAGCUAUGGAAUACUCUUGUUGGAGAUGUUUAUGGGCAAAAGACCAACCAAUGACAUGUUCAAAGAUGGCUUAAACAUUCACAAGUUCGUUGCAAUGGCUUUGCCUGAACGUGUCCUGGACACAGUAGACCCUUCACUGUUCUUUGAGGAAGAAAACAACUUAGAUGAGACUGAAGAAGCCAAUGAAAUAGAAGAAGCAGCAGCAAUGAACAACAAUGAACCCCAGGACAGCGCUAGGAGCAGAAUGGAGGAAUGCUUGGUUUCCGUGAUGAAAAUUGGAGUUUCUUGUUCUAAUUCAUUACCAAGGGAUAGAAUGCCAAUGAAUGUGGUGGUCAACAGAAUGAAUGUAAUUAGAGACUCAUUUCUUAGGUUUAAGAAACAAAAUGGAAAAAGACUUAGAUGAGGCUGUGAUUUUCUUCAAAUUUUUCUUCUUUCAUCAUUGCACUUGUACAACUUGUGAUAUUAUGUAAGGAAUGAUAUGAAUAUUGAUUUGUUGUAUCUACUGAGAAAGUUUAUAU